GCUGUCCCAGUCUGAAGAUAUUCCUUGCAGCCUUGUCCUUCGCCUACUUUGCAAAGGCGUUAUCUGGGAGUUACAUGAAGAGCACAAUCACCCAGCUGGAGAGGAGAUUUGACAUUCCCAGUUAUUUAAUCGGCAUCAUCGACGGCAGCUUCGAGAUAGGUAAUUUGUUGGUGAUUGCCUUUGUGAGUUACUUUGGGGCCAAGCUUCACCGCCCCAAGAUCAUCUCCACCGGCUGCAUCCUGAUGUCACUCGGGACGUUCCUCAUCGCGAUGCCGCACUUCAUCAUUGGCCGCUACAAGUUUCAGACGUCUGUGAGGCCCGUGGUGAAUACCUCAAGCUACCUGUCCGGGUACUGCCCCUCCAGCACACCUGAGCCCCAUGUGCCUCCAGGCUGCGAGAGGGAGUCCAGCCUCUCCAUGUGGGUCUACGUGCUCCUGGGGAACGUGCUGCGGGGCAUCGGGGAGACGCCUGUGCAGCCACUGGGAAUAUCCUACCUCGACGACUAUGCCCAUGAAAACGCAGCACUUUACAUAGGCUGUGUGCAGACCAUAGCCAUCAUCGGGCCUGUGUUUGGAUACCUACUGGGAUCGCUCUGUGCUGAAAUAUACGUGGAUAUCGGAUUUGUUGACAUGGAGACCAUCACCAUCACCCCUAGAGAUGCCCGCUGGGUGGGCGCCUGGUGGUUAGGCUACCUGAUCGCUGGAGUCAUCACCCUGGCCUCCGCGGUGCCCUUCUGGUUCCUGCCCCGGGCGCUGCCGCCCCUGGAGAAAGGACGAGGCCAGGACAACACCCCCCCGGAGCAGACCAGCUUCCUCAAAGACGCCCCCACCAUCAAGCACAAGUACAUGCCAGACGAUCUGGCCAACCUCCAUGACAUGGCCAAAGACUUCCUGCCCACCCUGAAGAGUCUUCUGGGUAACCCGGUGUACUUCACCUAUCUCUGUGUGACCAUCAUCCAGUUCAACUCGCUCAUCGGCAUGGUGACGUACAAGCCCAAGUACAUCGAGCAGCAUUAUGGCCAGUCGGCCUCCAGGGCCAACUUCCUCAUGGGCACCAUCAACAUCCCGGCGGUGGCCCUGGGCAUGUUCCUGGGCGGCGUCAUCAUGAAGAAGUUCAGGUUUGGCGUCAUGGCCGCCGCCAAGUUCGCCUUCGGGACCUCGCUGCUCGGCUACUUCCUGUCGCUCCUGUUCUUCGCCAUGGGCUGCGACAACGCCAAGGUGGCCGGCGUCACCGUCUCCUACUCUGGUGAGGAUGCGUUGUCGUACAGCGAGAGGUCUCUGUUCGCCACCUGUAACUCUGCCUGCCUGUGUUCUGGGAAGGAGUGGGACCCCGUGUGUGGCGACAACGGCAUCACUUACGUCAGCCCCUGCCUGGCCGGGUGCACUGCCUCCAAUGGAACCGGGAAGGAAACGGUGUUUGAGCGCUGCAGGUGCAUAGCUGGCACUGGAGGGGCGGCGUCCCAGCCCGGCAACUUGACGGCCCUUUUGGGUCACUGCCCCCAUCGUAGCAGCUGUGACGGCGUCUUCCCCUACUUCCUGGGCCUGUCAGUCAUCACCUCCUUCAUCAUCUCUCUCGGGGGAACGCCUGGCUACGUGCUGCUCAUCAGGUGCAUUAAGCCGCAGCUGAAGUCGCUGGCGUUGGGGCUGUACACCCUGGCCACUAGGACCCUUGCUGGGAUACCUGCCCCCAUCUAUUUUGGAGCCAUCAUUGACACCACAUGUCUGAAGUGGGGAGAGAAGAGAUGCGGCGGUCGUGGAGCAUGCAGAAUAUACAACACAACAGCCUACAGGAUAGUGUACCUGGGCUUGACGCUGGGCUUGAGGACCGUCUCCUUCUUCCUGUGCCUGGUGGGCUUCGUGCUAUUGGGUCGGCACGUGCGGCAGGAGGAGCAUCAGAAGGCACUGACCAAUGGCGGGACGGAGACGGAGUGUCUCAGGAAAGAGGAGAGCCAAUCACUGCAGGGCGAGGCGGAAUGCCUCAGGAAGGAGGAGGAGAAGCAUUCGCUGCAGUGCCAGCACCUCCUGCGGACUCUGAAGUGUGACCCUGACAGGGAGACGCGGCUGUGAGGCCGCACAGUCGGCUGCGGUACUGUGCAGUCAGGCCCUCGUCUUGUCACGUUCCCUUUGGGAGAUUUGUUUUAUUUGUUUGUUUACUUGAUUGUUUUUUUCAUGUUGUUUUUUGUUGUUUCCUGAAUUUAUGAAAGAACGCCACCCCCAGUGGGCAGCUAGAUCGACCACACAAAGGCACACAGGCAUACACAUGCACAUACACACAGCAAACACAUUAACACUCACACAGCAAAAUUGUAUAUUUUGUACUGUACCGAUGCAGAUUUCAGUGAACUACAACAGUGUUUUUUCAACCACAAAAAACAGGAAGAAAGAUCUAAAUUCUUGAAUGUAUAUGCUGUGUUUUUUAAAUGGACGUUCUGUCUAUUUUUUUUAACAAUCAUUCUUUUUUUCCAUUUUUAUUUACUAUUUUGUAAACGUGUUUGAUGUAGAUGCUGAUGUUUUUUAUAUAUACAUAUAUAUUUGAAGACAGUGCAGGGUACAAAAUGUUAAAAAA